CGCUGAGACGACGUUCCCCUGCACGUCUUGGAAUUCCUCUUCUUUCAAGCAGGUAGUCCCCCCCCUCAAUGGAUACCGAGUCUGAGUCACACAUCUCAUCUGGCCUUGAGACCGACUCAGGCGACAGCGGCCACGACUUCUUUGUGCCGCCAGCGAAGCUGAGGCAGCGGAGAGCCGCCAAGCCCGUGACUACAGAGGAGGAGAAGAGGCCCGGUGAAGUGGUCAUUGACCUGCAGCAUCUGCUGGCGAGCCUGCAGGAGGAAGAUGAGGGCGAACUUGAGGGGCUCACCGACGCCCAGAAGGAGAGAAAAUGGGCCAAGAGGCGGGAGAUCGGCGUCGUGCGUGAGUAUGACGUGUCGUUGACGAGCCCCGCUGGCGAGGCCGCGUCGCUGCUAAGCGCCGGUCAGAAGGAGUGGGCGUGCCUGGAGUUCUGCCUGGCUGUCGAGCAGGGUGCGCUGUCCAGCCGGCGGCUUGUGGCACAGUGCAUCGAAACGGCGAGGGAGCAGAGUGAGGACUGCAACAUCAACGUGGCCUUGACGCAAAGACGCUUCAUCACACUGGUCGGUCGGUGCACGGGACACCGUUUGUUUGAUUGUCUGUCGCGUCAUGCUUUGCUUGUUGAUGGGUCGGUGGGUGGGUGCAGGAUUGCUAUCGGAAGAUAGAGGUGCGAUUGCUGCCGGAGAUCUUGGCAGAGACGCUCACGAUACUGAGCAAAGAGGCCGAGCAGGCGGCGCCUAUCGCAGGACACCAAGCGACAGCUGAAGGUCACGCAGACAUACACAUUUGCAGACAGAGAGGGAAUGACGUUAUGGAUGGCUGUCGGCAUAUUGUCUGUGUACUGCAAUUCAUUCAGAGCGUCAGUAUUUCGGCAUCCUGUCGAAGGGAAGAACGGUCGUAUUUGCUGUGAGAAAGGCGGGUGCGAGUGGCCUGCUGACAUAAGCGCAGCUGCCACAGCACAGAGAGAGAGACACGAUUGAUGCUAUCUCGCCGGCUAGCAUCACUCCACUCCCUGCGUCCCUCCUCUGUGGUGCAUGGCGUGCAACACACAUACAGGUAGGGUGUUCACGAUGCACCUCUUGGAUCCCAACAUCGAGCAGAAGAGGGGACCCGCGAUUAUCGUCUUUACUGAGUGAGUGAGGGAGGGAGCCAAGCGAGACAUAGACAUGCCCGGAUCCGAGGUGCAUCAUGUGUUCGACUGUCUGUCUGUCUGUCAGCCCCGAGAAGCUGCGCGGCUACGUGGAGGUCAUUUAUUCAAAAGACCCUCUGGUAUGGUUUGCAUCUUUGUGUGUGUAUGAGCACGUACAAGCUGGAGGACUGACUGGCCGUGUCGUAUUGUUGUGCUCGGCUGCAAAGGUGCGGAUGAUGCGAGACGCACGGUACCGUUGCUGGAUCAUACGAAGCAGAACCAUGUAAGUAAGGCAUGCAGAAUGGAUGGAAUGCUGAAAGAUAAACAUGCUCCUUCGUCCGUCCGUCCAUCCGGCCAUUUGAUUGAUCACUGAUCAGGUAUGUGAGACCGCCGAAUCGCCCCAACUUCACAUCGAGGCACAGAGUGAGUGACUGAGUGACCAAUCGAAUCAACAGGAAUCGCUCCAAUCCUUCAUCUCUCCAACGACGACAGGUCCACGAAGAGGCCGGUAUCGGCACCGCACAAGACCAGCUCGGUGGGCCGCAUUGCAGGCAGCUUGGGAAACACAACGCACCAUCAAGCCAGUCGACCAGGUCUCUCGUGGGUGCGGUGCAGACCCUAAGUAUCCUGUGAGUCUGACCUACACGUACGUGAGCUCCUGUGCAACCCUCAACGACCACGGAACGACCAAGGCACGCGCCGCACGACACACGGACGUUGCCAUCAGACUGCUCUCUGUGUGUGUGUCUCUGUGACUGUGCUGCAGAAGUAUGAGCGCACCUUCACCUGGUCUCCCUUUUGCGGCAUGACGUCGGGCACGGUGGCACAAAUCAUCAAAGCCGCCAGGAGGGACGCCGAGAAGGUACACAAACACGGGGCUGGCUGAAGGCUGCCUGCCUUGUUUGCCUCCUCCACGUGUGCUGUUGUGUGUGUGUGUCGCCCACGAAUCGGAUGCAGGAGGGUGAGGGCGGGCGGAGAAAAAGACGGCAGAAGGGCCGGGAAAGAGUCAAGAAGCCGAGAGGCGGACAGAUAUGACCAACGCACUGAGCCAGCCCGCCAGCAGCCAGUGGGCUUUCUGCCCCUUGACGCUUCUGUACUUUGUUGUUCAUCUGAGUGAGUGAGUCAUCGAGUGGGGCAUUAGGCAGGCAGGCAGGCAGGACGAGUCGAGCCUUUUGGGGUGUUCAUGUCGGGCGUGAAGACACACACACACACAUCUACAGAGUGAAUUCAUUGACUCGUGUGUGUAUGCAUCGAUCUGCAAUUUGUGGUUUCGG